AUGAGGUUCCUCUACCUGAGCUUUGCUCUGGUCUUCAUCCUCUUCCACGUUGUUGCAGGUAAGAGGACGGCUCAAGCUCGGGGGUGGGGAUGGGGGAGUAUCAGGUUCAAACUGCAGGUGUUUCUGCAAAGUGCUGGGUUUCCCCCUGCCAGAGACCCUGGAGAUCUGCUGCCUCUCAGUGUACAAAAUUCUGAACUAGUGUGACUGCUUAUAAGAGAGCAUCCUAUCCUGUGUGGCUGCCGAAAUAGGGGUGGUAAAGAAGGAACGCAUUUCAUAAUAAAACUGUUUUUGAAUAUACGACUUUUGUGAAAGCAGCAACGUUACAGACUGAGGUACACUCCAGGUUCCUUCAUGGUCAUUUAUAUUGUUCAGGCAGGUAGCAGUGUUGGUCUGACACAAUUGAAAUAGCACCUUAGGGACCAUCUAAGUUUGUUCUGGGUAUAAGCUUUCGUGUGCAUGCACACUUCUUUAGAUACAGAUAUAUUGUUGUGAGUUUGGAGGGGUUAGUGUGCAUGAUGCCCAAGUCCCUUCUAAAUCCUGGAUUCAGCAAGGGUAAAAAUAUAAUGGAGGAUUUCACUGCUGAACUAGCCAGACAAGCUUCUUUGUGAGAGAAUGACCACCAUAGUUGCCACCUAAAGACCCAAUGAGUAUAACUAAAGAAGUGAUGGUGUUCCCUGGGCAAAUGGGUGGGCCUUUCUCCCUCCUCACCUGGCUGGUAGCGAGAAGGGCAGUAGCCGGCACAGUUGGAUGUGCGCUGAAGAAUAUGCAGGCUGCAGGCAGAAGUCAGAGAGGGACAGCUGUCUGCCUUAUCUCUGCCACCUGAUUAACCCAGAUCAACGCAGGGCAUACAUUGUAGCAGGACUGAAUGUGCUCCCAUCAGUAAUACUACAGAGGAGAUUCCAGAAAAUAUCCCUUUUGAGAGACUAUGUCCCUGUAGACCAAUCUAAAAGGUUACUGUCCACACACUUUCCCUUCACAGAUACUUGUGUGUAGGUUAAGGUUACCAGAUUUUUUUCUUUUUUAUAAAAAUAUAUUUUUAUUGAAAAAUGUUAACAACACAAAUUAUCAAUCAACAUAACCAAUUACAUCCCCCCUUUUUAUUCCCUCCCUCCCUCUCCCACCCCCCCAGAGACUUCCCUCAGUUCCCGUCUCUGAUUUGUUUAUACAUAUUUUUCUCUGCAUAUUGUAGAAUUGUACAUAUCAUUACCUUAUCCAUCAUAUGUUCUACUAAUAAAUUUGUGGAUGUUUAUUCAAAGCCUGCCAAGGAGUCCAAAUCAUUUUGUUGUCUUCUUAAGUAGUAUGUAAAAAGUUCCCAUUCUUCCUUGAAGUCACUGUUGUCCUUCUCACGUAGUUUAUAUGUAAACUUUGCCCAUUCUGCAUAGCUCAUCAGUUUUUCUUGCCAUUGUUCUUCCGUUGGGAUUUCCUCAUUCUUCCAUCUUUGUGCUAACAAGACUCUUGCCGCUGUUGCAGCAUAAAUAAAUAAGUUCUUUGUUUUUCUUGGCUGAUCUCGUCCUAAAAUCCCUAACAAAAUGCUUCUGGGUUGUUGUUUUUUACAAAUAUCAUUUUAAACAUCUUUUUCAACUCAUUAUAUAUCAUCUCCCAGAAUUUUUUAACUUCUCUACAUUCCCACCACAUAUGAUACAAAGUACCUUCUUUUUCUUUACAUAAGGUUACCCAAUUUCUUUCAAUGAAUCCAGGGACACUUUUCAACUUCAAUGGAUUUUGUAUGGGGACUGAUGUGUAAAUCCGGGGACUGUCCCCAGGAAACAGGGACGUCUGGUACCCUUAGUGUAGGUAAAACCUCUUUCAAUUGUUUAGCAGAGUAAUCUUCUCCCCAGAAGCUGUGGACAAUAACAAAAAGUUGUUUGAAAGAUGACUCACUAAACUCUGUGAAGUCUCAGUAAAGAGAUUGUAUUCCCAGACCGGGUACAAGCAUUAUGAUAGCAAAGAAUAUUUUCCAAUUGUUAAAAAAACCAGCAAUUAACAGCGCACUUUCAGACAAAGCCACUCUUAUCUCCAGUACAUUGUAAAUUACAGGAACAGUCCGUCAGCAGCUUUUACAGGCAGCACUCUUUGGGCGAACGUCUGCCGUCAGGCAACUGCAAAACCGAAUCUGAGUGGUCUUCUUUUUAUUGGCACGUCCAGCUGAUUCUAAUUAAGCUCAGAGUGCCACUCCCAUAUAUAAAGGAAAGGUCUGGAACCUUCUGGAACCUUCUACUUGUUUCUGGCAGAAUGAUUCCCUAACAAGAUGUAUAGAAUCAGUUUGGCAUGCUGCCUUGCCACCAUGACUGAGGUGGUCCAGGGCCACAUGACAUGACUAAAGUGUGUGCUCAUGGCCGCUGCCAAACUUUUUUGGGGGGCCCAGCCCCUUCCUUGAAUAAACCCUGUGAGUUAGAUCAGGCUGUGAGUGACAAGGCCACCCAGUGAGCUUUAUGUCUGAGUGAGGAUUUGAACCCUUGUCUCCCAGGCCCUAGUCUGACAUGCUAACCACCAAAUCAGCCUGGGUCUCAUACUUGACAGUGCUAUUCCAAUGCUCAAAACCAAACAUUGUCAACCAAUUAAUGUCCUUUUUUGCACAAGAAGUCUUUUCAAGUAAUGACAAUUUACGUCCCUCUCUUUUGACAGGGCAACCUGCCAAAAGCUGCGAAGAACAGGGAGGAUAUUGCCAGGUGCCACUAACUCUGAAAUGUCCCUAUGGAUAUAUUCCAGCCAUGUGUGGCAUUAAUGGAAACUGCUGCAAGAGUAAGUGAAAUCCAACGAGUUGAUCAUGCUAACAAGGGGGAAUGUUUGUUCAUUUUUAAUCCUGCUUUUUCAUUCUGAUUUCCUGAUCUACGCUCUAGAUCUUCGUUGGAGGAAGCAGAAGCAAGGCUUUGCUUGUGCUAAAGGAAACAGUGAUCAAUCACUUUAUAAAUCAGAGUAGCUGAUACUAUUCUCAGGACAUACUAACCCAAUUCUUAGUAAUACAAAGUAUGAUUCAGUUCUCAAGCUGCAGUUCUAGGUUCUGCAUCUAGUGACCAAACUGAGCCUUCUGAUGUGUAUUUUUCUCCAUGAGGCUUAGUUAUAUCAGAAUUGAAUACACACUUCCAGAGUUAAAGCUAAAUACAUUAAUUCUGGCAAAUGACCCACCAUAGUCACUAGAAGGCCAUAAAAAUUGGUGUCCUGGACUUUUUAAACUGGUCUACGCGAGCGGGUGGCACUGUGGUCUCAACCACAGAGCCUAGGGCUUGCCGAUCGGAGGGUUGGCAGUUCGAAUUCCUGUGACGGGGUGAGCUCCCGUUGCUCGGUCCCAGCUCCUGCCAACCUAGCAGUUCGAAGGCACUUCAAAGUGCAAGUAGAUAAAUAGGUAUCACUCCGGUGGAAAGGUAUACACACACACACACACACACACACACACACUAAAACAUUAAAUAUUAUAAAAACUUCAGACAACUUGGGUGCUGGAUAACUCCAUACCCUCCAACAUUUCUCCAAUGAAAAUAGGGACGUCCUAAGGAAAAGUGGGAUAUUCCAGGAUCAAAUCAGAAACUAGGACGGCUUCUUUAAAUCAGGGAUAUCCUUGGAAAAUAGGGACACUGGGGUAGGACUAGAUGUUAUUUCGAACCCUUCAAACUCUACAAUUCUACACAUCUCCUGAAGGUGAGGAACCUGACUUUAGGGCCAUCAAUGAUAGAUUUCAUUGUUUCUUUGUUGCAGACAAACCACCGACAACACCCCAGUGCAAUAGACUGGGAGGGUUCUGCCAAGUGGGACUCAAUGAACCCUGUCCGUCUGGUAAAACUCUUCCGGCUAACUGUGGCAUCAAUGCAAAAUGCUGUGCCCCCGAGUGA